GGAGGCGUAGCGAGGAAGCCCUCGGUUCGCGCAUGCGCGUCCCUAGAGAAGGCGAUUGUGGCGGUGAUACGCUUGAGCAAAGAGCGAAUCUUUGUCAGGUACUGGCGCAACGUUCUACUGAGGGAGACGGAAGUACUUCCGGGUCGCCACCAGCUACCACUUCCUGGAGCGGAGCCAUGUCUACUCUGUUCCCCUCACUACUUCCACGUGUCACUGAGUCCUUGUGGUUUAACCUGGAUCGACCCUGUGUGGAUGAAAACGAGCUUCAGCAGCAAGAACAGCAGCAUCAGGCCUGGCUCCAGAGUAUUGCCGAGAGAGACAACAACCUAGUACCCAUUGGGAAACCAGCGUCAGAGCAUUAUGAUGAUGAGGAAGAAGAGGAUGAUGAAGAUGAUGAGGACAGCGAGGAAGACUCAGAAGAUGAUGAGGACAUGCAGGACAUGGAUGAGAUGAAUGAUUAUAAUGAGUCCCCCGAUGAUGGGGAGAUCAAUGAGGUGGAUAUGGAAGGUGCUGAGCAGGACCAGGACCAGUGGAUGAUCUAGCUGGGGCUGGCAGGACAGUGCUUCAGACUGGACCCCAGAACUGUCUUCUUUCUCUGGGCCUCUUGGGUACAGGGCAGUUACCCACUGAAGCCCAGAGGGAGCUGCUUAGCCAAGUUUCUGGCCUUCCUCCCCUCCCCACCACCCACCUCCUAACCCCUUUAAUAAAGACAUGGGGUAGUUUCUUUUUCAAA